AACAACUCAGCUGUUCUUUCUAGCUCUGAAAUAGAAAAUGUCUGCAGACGGCGGAGGCAUCCAGGACACCCAGGACAAGGAGACACCCCCGGAGGUUCCAGAUCGUGGACAUCCUCAUCAGGAAAUGCCUUCUAAGCUGGGGGAGGCGGUACCUUCAGGGGACGCUCAGGAGUCACUGCACAUUAAGAUGGAGCCCGAAGAGCCACACUCCGAGGGGGCAUCGCAGGAGGAUGGGGCUCAAGGUGCAUGGGGCUGGGCACCCCUAAGUCACGGCUCUAAGGAGAAAGCUCUCUUCCUGCCUGGCGGAGCCCUCCCCUCCCCCCGGAUCCCCGUGCUUUCCCGAGAGGGGAGGACCAGAGACCGGCAGAUGGCUGCAGCGCUCCUCACUGCCUGGUCCCAGAUGCCAGUGACUUUCGAGGAUGUAGCCUUGUACCUCUCCCGGGAGGAGUGGGGACGGCUGGACCACACGCAGCAGAACUUCUACAGGGAUGUCCUGCAGAAGAAAAACAGGCUGUCACUGGGCUUUCCCUUCAGCAGGCCUUUCUGGGCCCCUCAAGCGCACGGCAAGGGUGAGGCCUCGGGCUCCAGCCGGCAGGCAGGAGAUGAGGAGGAGUGGAGAGGCGCGUGCACAGGAGCCGUCGAGGUGGGGCAGAGGGUGCAGACUUCAUCCGUGGCAGCCCUUGGGAAUGUGAAGCCCUUCAGAACCAGGGCAGGGAGAGUCCAGUGGGGCGUCCCGCAGUGCGCGCAGGAAGCAGCCUGCGGCCGGAGCUCAGGGCCGGCCAAAGACUCCGGGCAGCCGGCUGACCCAGAUCGCACUCCGGAUGCAGCUCCGCCAGACCCCAGUCCCACGGAGCCCCAGGAGUGCCGCGUCCCGGAGAAGCCCAACGAGGAGGAGAAGGGCGCCCUGGAGAGUGGCGAGGAGGGCCUGGCCCCUGACAGUGAGGUGGGCAGGAAGAGCUACCGGUGCGAGCAGUGCGGCAAGGGCUUCAGCUGGCACUCGCACCUGGUGACGCACCGGCGCACGCACACGGGCGAGAAGCCCUACGCCUGCACUGACUGCGGGAAGCGCUUCGGCCGCAGCUCGCACCUCAUCCAGCACCAGAUCAUCCACACGGGCGAGAAGCCCUACACCUGCCCCGCCUGCCGGAAGAGCUUCAGCCACCACUCCACGCUGAUUCAGCACCAGCGCAUCCACACCGGAGAGAAGCCCUACGUGUGCGACCGCUGCGCCAAGCGCUUCACCCGCCGCUCGGACUUGGUCACCCACCAGGGCACCCACACGGGCGCCAAGCCGCACAAGUGCCCCAUCUGCGCCAAGUGCUUCACGCAGAGCUCGGCGCUAGUCACCCACCAGCGCACCCACACUGGGGUGAAGCCCUACCCGUGCCCCGAGUGCGGCAAGUGCUUCAGCCAGCGUUCCAACCUCAUCGCGCACAACCGCACACACACGGGCGAGAAGCCCUACCACUGCCUCGACUGCGGCAAGAGCUUCAGCCACAGCUCGCACCUCACCGCGCACCAGCGCACCCAUCGUGGCGUGCGGCCCUACGCCUGCCCGCUGUGCGGCAAGAGCUUCAGCCGGCGCUCCAACCUGCACCGGCACGAGAAGAUCCACACCACCGGGCCCAAGGCCCUGGCCAUGCUGAUGCUGGGGGCGGCGGCUGCGGGGGCUCUGGCCACACCCCCACCCGCUCCCACCUAGGAGGCCAGGAGAGGGGGAGCGGGGCGCCCAGGGCCACUGGAACAGCCCCACUGGAGUCAAGGCUCCGAGGGAGGAGAGAGGGGCUCGGGAAGGGAGCUGGGGCGGUGAGGGCAUGGGGUGAGGCAUGGCGAUGGGGGAGGGCGAGGGCGAGAAAGGGCAGGCACUCUGCGAAUUAAAGGCCUUGGACUUGAAGCGCCCGCCUACACAGCUUUGUCUCCUGGUGCCCUGGCGCUGAUUCCCCGAGCGUGGGGGAGCUCCUGGGCUAAUCCCCUGUCCUCACUGAGGCAUCCCUGCAUCACCACUCUUGGCUUGGGUCUCCACCAGGGUUGGGGUCCCUUUUGCCAAAGGCCCAUUCCAAAGCGUUGCACACAUUGGCAAGCAAAGGCUUCAAGUACAGAGAGGUUUCCAGGGCUGAAGCCAGUCAGCCGCUCCUGGACCUGGGGACCCCUUGCCGGCCGUCUGCUGCUGACGCCACUUGUCCCAAGGGCACUGCUUACUGAGCCCGCACUCUCCCUCGGCUCUUCUCUUUGGAAGCCAGGAGCAGGCAGAACUGGUCCGGAAAUUCCUGCCUGCCCCAUCACCCACUCAGGCAUCAGUGGCUGAGUUUUGUGACUGGCCUUUGCCGUUUGCUCCCACCAUGGCCUGCCUGUGGUCCUGCGAGGGCUCCUCACUCACCAGGGGCCACUUUCCUUCUUGGCCCAUGCUGCAGCUGCUGUCACCUGCCUCUGCUAUGUCUCACCUCCUUGGCCUCCUGGUAUAUGUCCUAUAUAAUUCGCCCUGCUCGCCCCUGCCUGGCUCUGAGCUUUGAUUUACUCCUGGUCUUUCCGCUGGCGUUUGUUUUUGUUUUUGUUUUUGCGACAGAGUCUU